CAUUUCGUGGAAUCACCGAUUAUGCACUUAAAAAAGCAAAAGAAAAAGGCACAUUUAGUCAAUAUAGUUACUUAGAAAUCGGAAAGCAAUUAUGCUAUUCUCAUUAUCUUGAGAUUAUUGAACCUGAUCGCCAUAAUGUAAAGAAAUUGCCAACCAAUAAUUUACAGGAUAAUGUCAUUACAAAAUCAUUAUCAUUUG